AUGCCACCAGCUCCCCGUGGUACAGUUGCGAUAUCUGAGAGAUGUAUGGGCGGAAAUAUCGCCCGACUCAUGCAGCGACACCGAUACCUCCUGGAAAAUUUGGGGGACGAUUCUUGCGACUUUCUUUGUGGUGGAACCCGUGUUUUAUAUGUUGAUGAUCUCAAUCGGCUCUGUGAUAUGGCACAUAGAGACAUGAUAUCUCAACGUCUCUCUUUGGCAAAGUCACGAUUUAAUACCUCUGGAUCUAGGAUUGCUCUUCUACUUCUAUCUGGAUCACAGGAUCCGAGACCAGAUGUUUUAGCAUGGCUUAAUAUUCAUUGCAGUGUGGAGUUAAACUGUUUGGUUAUGCUUUGCUGGACGGAAGAAGAGUGUGCAAGCUUUUUGGAGGGUUUGGCUGAUUCUUCUUUGGGUUCUGUAAACUAUCGCAUAGCUCGAAAAAAAGAGAGCACACCAGUUCCAGUACUCAUUGAUGCCUUUACUCAAACGCCGCAGUUAAUGACACGCAAUGAUGUUGUUCGUGCUGCACACCGCUUUGGUUCAGCAGCUAAGUUGUUCACAGUCACCUCUGAAGAUUUGGCCGUUAUUCCAGGGUUUGGACAAAAGAAAGCUGAAAGACUCUUCGCGGUACUUAAUGCGUCCUUUCAAACCUCUCGACGAUCGGUCUCCGAAGUGUUACCAAGCCAGACCGCUCCGAAUGACGUUGAUAAGGUUGGUAAGGAAUCAGUGAGGCUUCCUGCACAGGAAAAAAUGUUCCACGUUCUUCACCAAUUAAGAGAGCGUGAGAUGGACGAAGUGACAGAGGAAUAA